UACAGAUCGGCCAGAGGGACAGAGGUGGCCACACGCACGCACACUCACUCACUCACUCACUCACACCUGCACGACCUCCUCACUCACUCACUCAUCUACACCCUCAUCUUCUCCUCAUCCACAACAGCAAACAUGAACGGCAUCUGCAACGGGAACGUCAACGUCAACGACGCCGUGGAACACCGCCAGGCGUCCAUAGUGUACUGCAAGCACGAGACGUCCCGCAAAGAUGCGGAGGACAAAUCGCACCUGCCCGCGUUGGAAGCCGCUUACACCAGCAUUCUGCGGGAGCUCGGCGAGGACACGGACCGACAGGGGCUGCUGCGCACGCCGCUGCGCGCCGCCAAGGCGAUGCAGUUCUUCACCAAGGGCUACCACGAAAGCGUCGACGACAUCUUAAACAACGCCAUAUUUGAUGAAGACCAUGAUGAGAUGGUGAUUGUGAAGGACAUCGAUAUGUUUUCGCUCUGUGAGCAUCAUCUAGUGCCCUUUUUUGGCAAGGUUCAUAUUGGGUAUGUGCCAAAUAAAAAGGUGGUGGGACUCAGCAAGCUGGCAAGGAUUGUGGAUAUUUUCAGUCGGAGGCUUCAGGUUCAAGAGCGGCUGACGAAGCAGAUUGCCACGGCAAUAUCUGAUGCUCUGCAGCCAAAAGGUGUAGCUGUGGUUAUUGAAGCAGCGCACAUGUGCAUGGUAAUGCGUGGCGUCCAGAAGAUGAACAGCCGCACAAUAACAAGCACCAUGUUGGGAAUUUACCUCGAUGAUCCCAAGACCCGAGAGGAGUUCCUGAAUCUUACACAUUACACCUAACCACUGAUGUUCACGUCUCUGUAUGCAGUUGCACCUGUAAAUGUCUGGAGUAAUUCUGAUUCUCCAUCUGACUUUACUUCAAUAAGAUCUCAGACCAGAUGCAGCUGCUUUUUCAUGCAGGUUCUAGGCCAACACUGGAGCUCACCUGACGACACCAAAGCCUGAAACAUUUCUGUUCAUUUCCACAAAAUUUUAAAUAUUGGCCUCACAGUGCCUUUGGUAGAUAUUUUACAGUCUUGAAUGGCAUUUUUGUUUUUAUAAAGUUUAAAACCUGAGUGCGAUGUUGUCACAAUAUUCAACAUUUUUUUCCUGGUGGGGAUUUCUUUGGUGCUUUUGCAAAGAGAUACAGACUCAUGCUUGUGCAAUAUAUUUUUAAUCAUUUAGUAUUAAAUACUAAUACUUUUUCACACGGGCCACACGGUGGUGUAGUGGUUAGCACUCUCGCCUUGCAGCGAGAAGACCCGGGUUCGAGCCCCGGUUGGAACAAGGGCCUUUCUGCAUGGAGUUUGCAUGUUCUCCCCGUGUGUGCGUGGGUUCUCUCCGGGUACUCCGGCUUCCUCCCACAGUCCAAAAACAUGCAAUGUGGGGAUAGGUAAAUUGGACACUCCAAAUUGACCAUAGGAGUGAGUGUGAGAGUGAAUGGUUGUUUGUCUCUAUCUGUGUGUGGCCCUGCGAUGGACUGGCGAACUGUCCAGGGUGUACCCCGCCUAUCGCCCGAUGUAGCUGAGAUUGGCACAGCACCCCCCGCGACCCUCUGGUUGAGGAUAAAGCGGUAGAUGAUGACUGACUGACUGACUUUUUCACACUGGCUCCACUCUGCGUACAUUUAUGAAGUUGUUGUAAUAUAUGACAUUUUUAACCUUUUAUUUAAUGUCUAUAGUCGACGACUAUAUAGAAGACUGUGUAGACAUUUUUGUUUAUUUGUGACCACUUUAUAAUUCUUUGCUUAAAUAAAAUUAUGAAUUGAAAAUGAUAAAA